CCCCACACUCCACGAGCGGAACACAAGUCGUGACUGAUACAAAAACAAACAAACAGCAGGAUCGAAUACAAAUGCACAUCUCGCGGAACCUAUACGACAUCAAAGACGAGGUGCUGCAGACGCACAUGAAGGAAGGCGUGGAUAUCGGCGAGACGCUCGCCUACUACAUCGCGGACCUGUGCGCGAUCCAACACCUAGUCCGUGCACAGCUCGAGGCGCUCACAGAGCUCGCCGGUAUAUUCGCCAACAACGCACUGGACGCGUCAAAAGGGUACAACCAGAACAUUGUGCGGCUGCCGCUGCGCCUACAGGAGGCUCAGCACAACCGCAUCGUCACGGACGCGCUAAAGAUGGUCAUCGAUGAGCGGAAGGCGUUUGCAGACCACGUCCUGCCACUGCUGGGCGAGGCUAGGAAGACACAGCAAUACCUCGGCGGAAGACACAUGCACCUCGCUGCGGAAAAACACGCCGCGCAUGCAAAGAUGAGCGCCGAGUCGAUGUCGCUGUUCACGAUCGUCACGACGGUGUUUCUUCCGCUAACAUUCUUCACCUCGUACUUCGCCCUCAACCCCGCCGAAGCAAUCGUCAAGACCGAGUUCGACUUCUGGAAGUAUUCGGGCCCGCCCACGGUCGUGUUCGCCCUCUUCACGCUCUACAUCGUGCUCUUCAAGAAGUACAAGAGUGGUGAAUACACCGAGGAUCGCAAGGUUGUGCAGUGGCUGAAAUCGAUUUUCAAAUGGACGCAUUCCUCCGAGCCACAGGCGGAUCCGGAGAUGGCGCUACAAGGGUCGGGUGCGUUGCGAGGGGAAGGAACGAUGGAGUUUGAAACACAGGACGGAGGGGUGGGUGGGCGGCGAAGUUUGCGGGGUUAGGUUGUUGGACGACAAAUUGUGGGGAAAUGGGUGGUAGACAAGGAGGAGGAGUACAUGGAGGAGGGGGAAUCGGAGGAAGAGGAAUCAGGAAGGGCAAGGAUGACGAGGAAUUGGGGAGGACGCGGAGGACAUGGCUAUGGGAAAAACGAAGGAGAACCUGGGGGGAAAGGGAUGAGGAAUUGAGGAGGAGAAGGAAACGCGACGAAAAUACCACCGCUUGAAUCAGGAAGCUAACGAGAAGGAGGAUGAAGGAUACGCGGAACGGAGGCAAUGUUGCUUGUACAUACAUGUUUUCAUGUUACUACCUAUACGAUUAUAAUGAGUGGUUAUCUAAUACCUAUG